AAUAAAGAUAAGAUGCUCCAAGAAACAGGGAAAAUAUCUAAGAUCUCUUGUUGUAUAGACUGUAUGUAUCAUCUUGAAGCAGGAUGGUGGUUCUCAGAAAAGGUGAUCACAUAUGGCUGGAAUCCCCUUCAAGCAGUGAGUUUAAUGUACCUAUUGGUGCAGUUGUCAAGAUUUCAGACUCAGGACGAUUCUUGGUGGAGGAUGAUGAAGGCAAGGAACACUGGAUCACGGCACGGAACAUUGGUGCUGUGCGACCGAUGCACCCUGCCUCUGUCCAUGGAGUAGAAGAUAUGAUCUGCCUUGGAGACCUGAACGAAGCUGGCAUGGUACGGAACCUCCUUAUCCGCUACAAGGAGGAUAAAAUCUAUACAUACACUGGCUCUAUCUUAGUAGCCAUGAAUCCAUAUCAAGUGCUGCCCCUGUAUACUGUGGAACAAAUCAGACUCUAUUGUAACAAGAGGAUUGGAGAACUGCCACCUCAUGUCUUCGCCAUUGCUGACAACUGCUAUUUUAAUAUGAAGAGAAAUAAAAGAGAUCAGUGUUGUGUCAUCAGUGGAGAAUCUGGAGCUGGAAAGACUGAAAGCACAAAGCUGAUAUUGCAGUUCUUAGCUGCUAUUAGUGGCCAGCAUUCCUGGAUUGAGCAGCAAAUUCUGGAAGCCAAUCCCAUUUUAGAAGCAUUUGGAAAUGCCAAGACAAUUCGGAAUGACAACUCAAGCCGCUUUGGGAAAUACAUUGAUAUUCACUUCAACCAAAAUGGAGUGAUCGAAGGAGCCCGGAUAGAACAAUUCCUUCUGGAGAAAUCUCGAGUGUGUCGCCAGGCUCCAGAGGAGAGGAACUACCACAUAUUUUACUGUAUGUUAAUGGGAAUGAAUAUGGAGCAGAAGAAGAUGCUGAACCUGGGCACUGCUUCUGAAUACACCUACCUCACGAUGGGUGAUUGUACCUCAUGUGAAGGCCGUAAUGAUGCCAAGGAAUACGCCCAUAUACGCUCUGCUAUGAAGAUCUUAAUGUUCUCCGAUUCUGAGCACUGGGACAUAAGCAAGUUGCUGGCAGCCAUUUUGCACCUGGGGAAUGUAGAAUUUGAAGCUGCAGUGUAUGAUAACUUGGAUUGCUCUGCUGUCUUGGAUUCUGCACACUUUUCCAUUGCAACCAAACUGCUUGAGGUGGAUUCUGGGGAGCUUCACAGUAGCCUUACAAACCGCUCUAUCAUCAUCCGAGGGGAAAGUGUGUCCAUGCCUCUAAGUGUGGCUCAGGCUGCUGAUGUGAGAGAUGCCUUUGUCAAGGGUAUCUACGGGCUUCUUUUUCUUUGGAUAGUAAAUAAAAUCAAUGCUGCAAUUUACAACCCGCCCUCUCCAGAUCAUAAAGACACACGCAGGUCCAUUGGGCUACUGGACAUCUUUGGUUUUGAAAAUUUUAACACAAACAGUUUCGAGCAGUUUUGUAUCAACUUUGCCAAUGAGCAUCUCCAGCAGUUUUUUGUACUCCACAUCUUCAAAUUGGAACAGAAGGAAUACUUGGCUGAGCACAUCAGCUGGAGUCACAUUGACUUCACAGAUAACAGUACAGCUUUGGAAGUGAUUGCCCUCAGACCAAUGAAUAUUGUUUCACUCAUUGAUGAGGAAAGUAGGUUCCCUAAGGGAACAGAUACAACCAUGUUAAACAAAAUCAACCUCCAUCAUGGCCAAAGCAAAAUCUACAUUCCACCAAGGAGUGUCCAUGACACAGUUUUUGGGAUCAACCAUUUUGCCGGUGCUGUUUAUUAUCAGUCAAAAGGCUUUCUUGAGAAAAACCGUGACAUGCUUAGCUCAGACAUAAUGCAGUUGGUUCAUUCAUCUAAAAACAAGUUCCUCAGACAGAUCUUCCAGGUAGACACAAACAUGAAUGUGGUGUCUUUUGGCCGUGGCAGCAUUAAACAUCUUGCUGUGGAUCCCCUCAAGUCAUUGUCCAGAUGUAGUUUUGUGCAGUCCAGGACAUCACCUCCUACUUCUGGACAGGGAUCAGACACCACCAAACGCCUCUCUACACUAGGUGGUCAGUUCAAACAGUCCCUGGAGCAACUGAUGAAAAUCCUGGGUAACUGCCAGCCAUAUUUUAUCCGCUGUCUCAAACCCAAUGAUUACAAGAAGCCUAUGCAUUUUGAUCGAGAGCUCUGCAUUCGACAGCUAAGGUACUCUGGGAUGAUGGAAACCAUCCGGAUUAGGAAAGCAGGCUAUCCAAUUCGCUAUAGUUUUGCAGAAUUCUUUGAGAGAUACAAAUUCUUGCAGCCAGUAUCAGCUCGAGAACAGCUAAACAAUGAUGCUUGCCGGUGCUGUAUUUAUAUCUGUGAAAACAUAAUAGGAAAAGAUGAUGAAUGGAAAAUUGGAAGAACCAAAGUUUUUUUGAAAGACUAUCAUGAUACCCUGUUGGAGGUGCAACGAGACAAAGUCCUUGAAGAGAAAGCCAUUCUAAUUCAGAAAGUACUGAGGGGAUUCAAAGACAGGAAGCAGUUUCUCAGGCAGAGACGCUCUGCUGUGCUCAUUCAGACAGCCUGGAGGGGCUACUGCUGUAGAAAGAACUUCAAGAUGAUCAUGUUGGGAUUUGAACGCCUGCAAGCUCUUUUCCGGAGCAGGCAGCUUGCAAAGCAGUAUGAGACAGCCCGGGCAAGUGUGAUUAAGUUCCAAGCCUUGUGUCGUGGUUACCUGAUGCGUCAGAAAACAGCUGAACAGAGGAAAGCUGUGUGUGUGAUACAGGCCUAUGCCAGGGGAAUGUUUGCUCGUAGGAGUUUCCAGAGAAUGAAGAGAGAGCAGCAACAUAAACUGGAAACCAGAAAACUGCACUUGAAAAAAGAUAAGAUUAUAAUUCCAAGCACUGGAGCAAAGAAAACAAAGGAAGAAACUCUCAGAAUAGAAAAGGAUCAGCAGGCUGUUCCAGUACAAAAAGAAGAUGUUGAGAAACUAAAGAAGCAGGAUGGUGUAGACAACAGACACGAAACACUGUAUGAUGCCCUCAGUGACCAAGAAAUGGUGGACAGAGUGUUUGGUUUCUUACCUGCUUUAAUUGGAGGGCAAGAAGGGGAGGCUCCUCUGGGCUUUGAGGACCUGGAGACAAAGACCCAGGCAUACAAAUUGAAUGAGGUGGACCUGGAUAUGAUCCCUAUGUCUAUGGAGUUGGAGGAUAUUGAGGAGGAGAAGGAAGAAGACGACGAUGAAGGGGAAUAUACAUUUGCCAAAUUUGCAGCCACUUGCUUUCAAGGAUCCUCAACGCACACCCACAUUCGACGGCUACUACGUCAUCCUCUGCUCUACCAUGAAGAGAAUGAUGAUAUUAUGGCAUCCCUAGUUGUAUGGACCACCAUCCUGCAAUUCAUGGGUGAUUUACCAGAGCUAGGAAAGAACACCAGCAACAGGAGCAGCUCUGAGGUGACUCAGGUUUAUGACAGCUUUGGCAAGAAGAGUCAACAGCAUCCCACAGGCAGCUACAGUCCAGACCUGAUGGACAACAGAAAAGAUAACAAGUUCUCCAAGGUAAUUUCAUCUGUGAAACUAAAGCACAAUUCCAAGCUAACUGGAAAGGUGGCAAGCCAGCUAACAAACGGGGAACGUGUGUUUCGGGAGGAUAGCAUGGUUUCAGAGAGACCUAUGUCUAACCUUGAAAAAGUGCAUGUGAUCAUUUGCAAUGCUAUUGCACGUCCCAACAUUAGAGAUGAAAUUUAUUGUCAGAUUUGCAAGCAACUCACUGGGAAUAACAAUAGGAAUAGUUACCAUAGAGGUUGGAUCUUGCUGUCCCUCUGUCUUGGUUCCUUCCCUCCUUCCGAGAAGUUUGAGAAGACCCUGCAGAAUUUCAUUCGGGGUGGACCACCAAGGUAUACGUCAUAUUGUCUGGAAAAGCUGAGGCGCACAUCAAAAAAUGGAGCACGAUCUGAACCACCUAGUUGGCUGGAGCUACAGGAAACAAAGAGUAAAAUGCCCAUUACCCUCAGUGUGACUCUGAUGAUUGGCAGCAGCAUCACGGUUCCUGCAGAUUCAGCUUCCACUGCAAAAGAGAUCUGCCAGCUGGUAGCUGAUAAAGUGAAUCUGAAGGAUACAUUUGGCUUCUCUCUCUACAUUGCUUUGUAUGAUAAGACUUGCUCACUAGGCAGUGGACGGGACCAUAUCAUGGAUGCCAUUUCCCAGUGUGAACAACGAGAAAGGGAGAAGGGUGGCCAUGAACGCCACACACCCUGGCGUCUCUACUUUAGGAAAGAGAUCUUCACCCCUUGGCACAACUCCAAAGAAGAUCCUGUCAGCACAGACCUCAUCUAUCAUCAGAUCAUCCGCGGCAUCCGGUUUGGAGAAUACCACUGUGAGAAGGAGGAGGACUUGGUAGAGAUAGGGGCGAAAUAUUGCUAUGUCCAGUUUGGGGAGUCCAUCCAGAAUGAGUUGGUUCAAAAGAUACUGCAGGAAUGUAUUCCUGCAAAGCAACUGAAGUCCAAACCCCAAGAGAAGUGGGUGAGCCUCAUCACCUAUGCUCAUGCAAAGGCCUCUUAUACACAGGACCGACUUCCCCCUCAGAGUGUCAAGGAGCAACUGGUGGAUUUUGCCCGCUUUCAAUGGCCUCUGCUCUUUUCUAGGUUCUUUGAAGUCACCAAAUUUUCAGGACCAAGUCUGCCUAGGAACCGUUUCGUAGUGGCAGUUAAUUGGAAAGGUGUGUUCUUCCUUGAUGACUCGGAAAAGAGACUUCUAGACCUGUCUUUUCCAGAAAUUACCGGCAUCCAUACAAAUAGGGCAGCCAAGGCAUUUGGACAAAGUUGUACCCUCACCACUUUGCGUUCAGAAGAGUUUGUCUUGACAUCGGUGAACAGUGUUGACAUUGCAGAGCUAGUGGUCACAUUUCUGGAAGGAUUGAAGAAAGUAUCUCAAUAUGCUGUGGCAAUAUAUGAAAAUAGGCAUCAAGAUGAUCCUACAGUUCUAGCUUUUAAGAAGGGAGAUUUGCUGAUCUUAAACCAAAACAAAGGACAAGAAAGCCAAGACUGGAUCCAGGCUCAAAAUGAGCGUACAGCUAAAUCUGGGCUUGUGUUGCGAGAGGCAGUCUAUAUAAUUCCAACUAUCACAAAGCCUUCUAGUCAAAUACUGCGCUUGCUGAUGAUGUCACCUGAACAACGAAGGUUGGCAUCUCUGAACUCUAGAGCAGAGGAACCUGAGGAAGAGGAAGCAAAGGUGAAGCCAUAUACUCUUGAAGAGUUCUCCUAUGAGCACUUCAGAGUGCCUGAAAAGGAGUCCAUCAGCAAGGCUGUCUUGCACAAGUCCCGUGGGCGUGGUCACCUGUGGGCUCACGCGCGGGAACCCCUCAAGCAGCCCUUACUGAAAAAAGUGUGGAGCAACCUAGACCUGUGGGAAUGUGCUUGCCAGGCCUUUAUAGCUAUCAUGAGAUACAUGGGGGACUAUCCCUCAAAGCAGGAGAGAUCCCUGGUGGAGCUCACUGACCAGAUAUUUGUAGCAGCCAUCCAGGAGGAAGUUCUGCGUGAUGAGAUCUACUGUCAGAUCAUGAAACAGCUGACAGACAACAGCAACAGGUACAGUGUGAACAGUGGUUGGCAGUUGCUAUGGCUCUGCACAGGCCUUUUCCCACCGAGUAAAUCAUUGCUGAAACAUGCUCAGAAGUUCAUGGAGACCCGUCAGAAAGAGAGCCUGGCUUUGGACUGCAGACGUAGGAUUGAAAGGGUGAUGAGGAGUGGCUGUCGGAAGUGGGCUCCACAUAGUGUGGAAGUGGAGGCAAUCCAGAAGAAUAUCACAAAGAUCUCUCAUAAGGUUCACUUUCCCAAUGAUACAGAGCAGGUGUUCGAGGUGGGAACAAACACAAAAGUGCGGUCUCUGUGCCAGAGUAUUGCCAGCAAAAUGGAACUGAGUUCCUCGGAAGGAUUCAGCCUCUUUGUCAAGAUUGCUGACAAGGUGAUCAGCCAGAAUGAGGCAGAUUACUUUUUUGACUCCUUGAGACAGGUGACUGACUGGACACGGAAAAACAGGCCAACCAAAGAAGUGGUUCCUGUUACUGUGAAUUACCAGAUAUUUUUCAUGAGAAAAUUAUGGUUAAAUGUGAUUCCAGGGAAGGACUUGAAGGCUGACUGCAUCUUUCACUACCAUCAGGAAUUGCCAAAGUAUCUUAGAGGCUAUCAUAAGUGCUCAAAAGAAGAUGCCAUCCAGUUAGCUGGGCUGAUAUUCAAAGUUCAGUUCAACAAUGAUCGAAUGCAACAUGCAGCCAUUCCCAAAAUACUAAAGGAACUAGUGCCUGAGAACAUAAUCCGAACAGCAUCUGCAGAGGAAUGGAAACGGGGUAUUAUUUCUGCCUCCAACAAACAUGAGCAGAAAACUGUGGAUGAGGCCAAGAUUGCCUUCUUGAAGUUCAUAUAUCAUUGGCCAACAUUUGGUUCUGCCUUCUUCGAAGUGAAGCAAACCUCAGAGCCAAACUUCCCUGACAUUGUGUUGAUUGCUAUCAACAAACAAGGAGUCUCUGUAAUACAUCCAAAGACAAAGGAGAUCUUAACAGUUUACCCCUUCAAUAAAAUCUCCAACUGGAACAGUGGCAGCACAUACUUCCACAUGACCAUAGGGAACCUGGUACGAGGUAGUCGAAUCCUUUGCGAGACAUCUCUGGGAUACAAAAUGGAUGAUUUGUUGACAUCAUAUGUGCAUCUCUUCAUGAAUGCUGUAAACCGACAGAAGAAUACCCAGCACCCUGCUUGAGGACAGGAAUAGCUCAUCCUUUGCAGCUGAAACUACUUGGUAUCUUGAAGAAAUUCAUUUUUUAAACUGUGACUCUCAUCUUAAUCUCAGAGGAGUCACUUAUGAGUGUAGUGUUGCUCUGGCAGAGGCUGACUUGGGUUCAUGCUAACUACUAUGCAACCAUUUCUGGCUCAGUGUACAAGUUCUGGUAUUUCAACCUAGCUGCAUUUUGUUCCAAAACGUUAUCUCAUUUUUCUUUGAGUCAUUACAACCUCCUUCCCUAGAAUCACACUCUGUACUAGAUUAUGUUAUCCUCCCUUCCCUAUAGGAAAAGAAAGGAAUGAAUCACGGUCUCACUCUGGCCCAGCCAUCCACCCAGACCAAUGCAAUAUAUUGCCUCUUUAAGCACAGAGAAAUUACAACAACAGGAAGCAGCACCUCCAGGAACAAGAGCUACUGCUCUGUGAACACUGCCUAGCUUAAGUAUACAAAACAUGCUUCUAUGCACAUUCUUUACACCCUGGAAACUGUAGAGAUAAUAUAAAAAACACAAUUGGAUUUCAAAGCCACAAAGCAAUUGUGUUUAUACAACUGUCAUACUUUUAAUAUAUUUUGAUGUUUGAUCUGCAACCCCUCAGCACACUUAUCAUGGAGUAAAUCCCACUGGGCAUUGUGGAUCUGCUUUUGAAAAAAAAAGUUAUAGGAUUUGCUGUGUCAUAAUUUCAGUGCUAAAACUGAAUUUAGAAUCCAUAACACAGCCCUGUCGCUCAUCUCUGGCUCCAAAAAGUGUUCAGUAAAUUGGAAAGGUAGGACGAUACCGAAAUAUCUUUUCUAUGAAAGGAAAUAUCAAAUUUGUUCUUCUUAAAUAAUAACUUUAUAUAUGUUGUGGUGAAUUUAUACUAAGCUCCUUGAGGCAUUUUUUCCCAACAGUAACAGUUUCUGCCUGUUAUUGCCAAAAGUAAUCACAGUAGUUUCUUCUGAACCUAGAUGAAACUGAACUAUUUUGCAAAUAGGCUUUCCUUCUGUGCAUGUAUAAUGUGAAUAUCACUCUCUCUGUGAAGCCAGUGUGUGCCACACUCUUCAAAAAUACUUGCCCUUUAGCAAAGAUAUUCCCCAACAAUUCACAUCUAGGUGUCCAUUGCUGGCAGUGGAUGCUCUGACAUUAGCUGGGACCAUGAUGGUGAGGAUUAGCUUGCAUUUCUGAAUUCUUAAUAUAAACUGAGUUCCAUAUUUUAAAUAACAAUGUUUUGUAUAUUUGUUUUCUGUUCAUGGUAGUAGCAAAUUUGUUUCCACUUUUUAAACAAAAUUGCAGAGCAAUGGGAGUGGUGUUCCAGAAAUGUGUACUGCAUUAAACCAAGUAGUAAAGUACAGUGGUGCCCCGCUUGACGAUUACCCCGCUUGACGAUGAAUCUGCUUUGCGAUGAGCUUUUUUCUAUCACUAUUGCAAUCCCAAAACGAUGAUUCAAAGGGGUUUUUUCACUUAACAAUGA